GAGAAAUGAAAAGCAUUUACUGUGUAUUGUUUGUUAUGCCAAUUUCUUUAAAGAUAUCCCUAGACCUUAAAAAUUUCUGAAGUACAUAUUAAACCAACAUGUACAUGAUUUACUAGCAUUCCUUGAAGUAACCGGUUAAUCAUCUUCACAGACAAGUGAAAAAGUAUGUUCUCUUUUCUGAAUGAUUAAGCUAGGCUUCCCAUAACAUUUUACUGGCAAGUAGGGCCAUGACAAUCAGCUAAAAACAGAGGGAGAGGAAAAUACGUGUAAUCGAGACGCUGAAGCCAUAGAAUCUACUGUGAAAAAUAAGAAAAAAUGGGAAAAAGAAAGGGCAAUGAUCCCAAAGAUGUGAAAAGAAAAGAAAAGACCAAGAUGCAACUCAAACGAAGAAUAGGUUGUUUUGAUGGGGUAAGUUUUAUUAUCGGCUCAAUAGUUGGGGCAGGGAUCUUCGUGUCUCCCACAGGAGUGUUAAAGCAUUCCCUGCUUAAUGUGGGUGUUGCAUUAACAAUCUGGACUGCGUCUGGACUAGUUUCUCUUAUGGGCUCCCUCUGCUACGCAGAGCUGGGCACUGCUCUGCCGUUUUCCGGAGGGGAAUACAGUCAUAUUAAAAGAGGCCUUGGAUCCCUACCUGCCUUUGUGUUCAUCUGGACAUCAACGUUUACCAAGCCAGCAUCAAAUGCUGCCCGUGCCUUGCUAUUCGCUGAAUAUGCCACCCAGCCCUUCUACGGCAUUUGCCCUGCACCAGAAGUGCUGAAGAAAUGCUUGGCUUUGGCCGUCCUCUGGUCACUGGGGAUUCUGAAUGGACGCAGUGUCAAAAUGGCUGCAUGGGUGCAGACGGUGUUCACCCUGCUGAAGAUGAUGGCAUUGUCUGUAAUUGCUGUCGGUGGCAUAGUUCUGCUUGUUGGUGGAAGGAAGGAGAAUCUAGCCAGGUUUGAGAAUGUGUUUGACUCAGAGAUGCCUAACGCGUCACAGAUCGCUGAAGCCUUCUUCCAGGGACUGUAUGCAUAUGGUGGUUGGUGGUCCCUCAAUUAUAUGGCAGAAGAGAUGAAAAACCCUAGCAGAAAUAUCCCUUUAACUGUGAUGACUGCUCUUCCUGCUGUAAUUGUUUUUUACUUACUGGUAAACAUCUCAUAUCUGACUGUCCUCACACCAAAGGAAAUUGUCUCCUCAGUUGCUGUGGCAGUAACUUGGGCUGAUCGAGUGAUCCCCUCCAUUGCCUGGAUCAUUCCUCUCUCCGUUGCCAUCUCAAUAUUUGGUGCCCUCAACAGCAGCAUGUUCACAUUAGGUCGAUUAAGCUAUGCUGGAAGUCAGUCAGGACAUUUACCUGUUUUAAUAUCCAUGCUUAACGUCCAUACUUGUACUCCAGCACCAGCCAUGAUUUUUUCAACCACCAUUGCAUCCAUUUUUAUAAUCCCCUCUGACCUUAUUAUGUUAACAAAUUACUUCGGAUUUUCUGCCUGGCUUAUGAUUGGAUUGACUUGUGCAAGCCUGAUUGUACUUCGAUACCGGGAACCUAAUCUACAUCGACCAUACAAAGUGUUUCUGCCAGUUCCAUUUGUGAUGGUAGCCAUGUCAUUCUUCUUAGUUUUAGCUCCUAUAGUCUGGUCCCCGAAUCUGCAAUAUUUUUAUGCUUUCUUGUUUAUGCUGGGGAGUCUUGUUGUUUAUUUUCCUUUUGUACAUUUUAAAUUGCAUUUUGCAUUUUUUGAUAAAAUUACUUGCUACUUGCAGCUACUGCUGGAAGUUUCUCCUGCUGAUGGUUCUGAUGAGAGUAAAUGUGAAUAAUGACAACUUUUUAAUCCCAGUACAACUGACAGCCAAUAGAAGAUUUUCUUUAACGGAGAUUGUAGGUCAAGAGUUGGAUGUUACAUGUCAUAUAUAGGAAUGUGUGUUUGUAUAUGUAUAUAUGCAUGUAUACAUAUACAAAUGUACAAAUGUGUGUAUACAUAUAUGAAUAUGUAUGUAUAGACAUCUAGUUUCAGGACUGUGUGUAUAUGUAAAUGGUAGUAUGCAUAUCCAUACAUAGAUAUACAUAUUUAGUAGAUGCAAAUAAUCCCAUUUAAAUUGAUAAAAUCCAUAAGAUGCUCCCUCUUGCUCCUGAAGACACCAUUAAAGUUGCAUAUAUAAUUGAAAAAACAGAAAUUAAAUUAAAGAAUCAAUACUUACCAAUAUUAUCAUAAAGAAGUAAAUAUGUACUUGUCACCAUCAUUUGAUAAUGCACUUUUAGUCUCUAAAGUAAAUUGGCUGGAUUAUUUCUAGUUCUUAAAAGUUUAUUAGAACUUCUGGUUUUAAAGGCCUUAAACUUCUAUUCAUCUGCUAACUUUUUUUGUCUGAAUUUAUUUUUAAUAA